GGCUCCCUUUAGCUUACUUAAUGAGAUUGAAACCCUUAAUAAUUAGCCACUCAUUAUCUCUUUUGGCCUCCUUUUCUUGCUUGCUUAACUCAAAAACUUCCAUUACUCAAUCUUGAUUGAAGAAACAUAUAGAUAUUUUUUCUUACAGUUCUCUUGCAAAAAAUCCAAAUCAAAUCUCUCCAGAAACGUCUAGUGAGAGAAGAUGACAGAUACUGAAUCCACCAUUUCCACUCAAAAUCCAUUAAACACUGGAUCCAAUCCUCCACCAAAGAAGAAGAGAAAUCUCCCAGGCACACCAGAUCCUGAGGCGGAGGUGACAGCACUGUCGCCGAAGACGCUGAUGGCGACGAACAGAUUCGUAUGCGAGGUUUGCGGGAAAGGUUUUCAAAGAGAUCAGAAUCUGCAGCUGCACAGAAGAGGGCAUAAUCUGCCAUGGAAGCUGAAGCAGAGAUCGAGCAAGGAGGUGCGGAAGCGGGUGUAUGUGUGCCCGGAGAAGGCGUGCGUCCACCACCACCCGUCGCGGGCCCUUGGGGACCUCACCGGAAUCAAGAAGCACUUCUGCCGGAAACACGGCCAGAAGAAUUGGAAGUGCGACAAGUGUGCCAAGCGCUACGCCGUCCAGUCCGAUUGGAAGGCCCAUGCCAAGACUUGUGGAACCAGGGAAUAUAAGUGUGACUGCGGCACCAUUUUCUCAAGGAGAGAUAGCUUCAUCACGCACCGCGCAUUUUGCGAUGCAUUAGCCCAAGAAAGCCUAAGAGUGAGAGGUGCAACACAUACACACGCACGAAACCUCAACUACGAGUUCCAAGGCAUGCCCCAACACAUCCACUCAACAGGAAUGCCCCAAGACCUGCAUCCACCAUUCGCCACCAACCCAUCCUUCUCCAACCUUCCACCAUCCACCUUCUACAAUCUAAACUGGGAUUUCACCCACAACUCAUCGCCAAUCCCUUUAACCAAUCACAAAGAAGCAACCAUUUCAUCAUUAUUUAGUACUCAUCAAAACCAAACCACCAAUCACCAAGCAGAAGCUUCUGCAAGAAUGUCUGCCACCGCUUUAUUACAGAAAGCUGCGCAAAUCGGCGCCACGACCACAACCCAUCCUGCGAUGAUCCUAGGAAGUUUUGGGCUCAACGGCGCGGUUCAAGAUGGGAACAGGCUUUGCGGGUUGUACAGUACAAGCUCGGUGACCAGCGGGUUUGGGAGUGAUGUUGAGAGCUCUGUGAAUGAGAAUUCCGCCAUGAACGGCCACCCACAGAUGUACCCUUCUUCUAAACGACGUCGGUUGCAGAGCCAUGACGAAAUGGCGGAGGGAGGAGAGACGAGGGAUUUUCUUGGAGUCGGGAUUUGCCAUCCCCCGUCUAUCAAUGGAUGGAUAUGAGAGAUAAGAGAGAGAGAGAGAGAAUUUGUUUCCAUGGGUGGAAUUUAGGGGUUCUGACAAAAGGGAGAAUGAUAGCUAGUGGAGGGAAAGAGGAUUGGACACCUUUUCAACUCCAUUAUUGCGAUGUUCAUUAAUUAUGUUUAUUAAUUGUUGUUUAUGGAAAUAAAAUGAGUGUUACAAAAAAGCUAAAUCUAGUUAAGUGCUCCUUAUUAUGAUUAACUAUUUCGUCGUCGAACGAGUGUCUUUAGUUUUUAAAUAUUAAUUGUAUAUUAAUAAACGAUCG